CUCGGGACGCGCGCCCGCACCGGCGGCCGGGACGGGGCGGCCCGGUGCUCCUACAGCGGCGGCCCCAUGUUUUCCUCCAGCCAGGAGGAGCUGUGCGCGCUGAACAAGGAGCCCGUCAAGUAUGGGGAGCUGGUGGUGCUGGGGUACAAUGGAUCCCUCCCUAAUGGUGACAGGGGCCGCAGGAAAAGCAGAUUUGCCCUUUAUAAACGAUCAAGAGCAAGUGGAGUUAAACCCAGCUCUGUCCAUGUCGUCUCCACUCCUCAAACUUCAAAGGCAGUCAGCUCAAAAGGCCACCACAGCAUCUCUUACACAUUAUCCAGAACCCAGACAGUUGUUGUGGAAUAUAUUCAUGACAGAGAUACAGACAUGUUUCAGGUUGGGAGGUCCACAGAAAGCCCCAUAGACUUUGUAGUAACAGACACUAUUUCAGGAAAUCAAAACAGUGAUGAAACCCAGAUCACCCAGAGCACCAUCUCCCGAUUUGCCUGCAGGAUUGUUUGUGACAGGAACCCACCAUACACAGCAAGGAUCUUUGCAGCUGGCUUUGACUCGUCUAAAAAUAUAUUUCUUGGUGAAAAAGCAGCCAAGUGGAAAAACCCUGAUGGCCACAUGGAUGGAUUGACGACCAACGGGGUGCUGGUGAUGCACCCCAAGGGAGGCUUCACCGAGGAGUCCAAGCCCGGGGUGUGGAGGGAGAUCUCUGUCUGUGGGGACGUCUACACGCUCCGGGAGACCAGGUCUGCUCAGCACAGGGGCAAACUGGUGGAAAACGAGACCAACGUGCUGCAGGACGGCUCCCUGAUCGACCUGUGCGGGGCCACGCUGCUGUGGCGGACGGCGGACGGGCUGCUGCACUCGCCGACGCAGAAACACAUCGAGGCCCUGCGGCAGGAGAUCAACGCCGCGCGGCCCCAGUGCCCCGUGGGCUUCAACACCUUGGCCUUCCCCAGCAUGACCCGCAAGGACGUGGUGAAGAAGAAGGACGUGGAGGAGAAGCAGCCUUGGGCCUACCUCAGCUGCGGCCAUGUGCACGGCUACCACAACUGGGGCCACCGCAGCGACGCGGAGGUGAACGAGCGCGAGUGCCCCAUGUGCAGAACCGUGGGCCGCUACGUGCCCCUGUGGCUGGGCUGCGAGGCCGGCUUCUACGUGGACGCCGGGCCCCCCACGCACGCCUUCACCCCCUGUGGACACGUGUGCUCCGAGAAGACUGCCAAAUACUGGGCCCAGAUCCCGCUGCCUCACGGCACCCACGCCUUCCACGCCGCCUGCCCCUUCUGCGCCACGCAGCUCACCGGGGACAACUGCGUCAAGCUCAUCUUUCAGGGCCCCAUCGACUGAGGAACCGCACGGAAAUGACCACAAUAAAAAGUUUUUUCGAACGGUUUACUGUGAAGAUUUUUUGCCACUAAUUCUAGAUUUUACCUUUUUUUAUAAUGUUGUUGAUAUAGGGGGGUGGUAGGGCGGGGAUGGAGGGGCUGUGGUGGGGUUGGGAUACAUUGAUACCUGGAACUCGACAGAUAUCAGUGGUGUUGCAUGCUCGAAAGCAGCAUAUUCAUGGAGUCCUUUGGUCAAAUUGUAGUAUAUUUGUAAUCUUUUUAUUAGUACCCUGGAUCAGAAAAAGGUGUCUUAAAUGAUUUUUUUAAGCUAAGAUUUUUUAAUGGAAAGGUUUUUUCUUCUAAACUUUGACAAGCCUUUAAAACCUAUUUUUCAAAUCUAGAAGGAACAUACAGAAUGUAACUGUCUUUAAUUUGCAAUAUAAUUUAACUUGAAUAGUUUUCUCAAGGAGCAAAUACAGAAUGUGUGGACAACCAUAGGUGAAUGUUCACUAGAGAUAAUUGGAUAUAUAAGAGAAAAAUUAGCUGCCUAAAAUGUAGAGGAUAAAAGCUAUUAAAAUAUCUAUUAUGGUAUAACACAGCUGGCCAAAAAGGCAUCAAAGAUUACUUGAAACUGAGGAAAUCCUCUUUGCAUUGAUUUCCUUUCAGUGUAGUAGAUAUCCACUGGCUAUUAGGUAUGGGAGAUGGCUCAUUUUUUUCUGGUUGGUUUGUUUGUUUUUUUUUCAUUUGACCUGCAUCUGGUGAAACUUUGCUCUUUUCCAUACUUAUCUCUGGGGUUUAAGCUGAUGUUCUGUGUAUGUGUGGUCUGGCCUUUUUUAUUUCUGCUUUGCUUGCCCUCAGUGCUCCUUCCCCAGGACCUUUGGGUGAGUGGAGGCCACAGAGUUUCCCAAAAUGGUUUGGGUUGGAAGGGACCUUAAAGCUCAUCAGUUCCACCCUCUGCCAUGGCAGGGACACCUUCCACUGUCCCAGGGUGCUCCCAGCCCUGCCCAGCCUGGCCUUGGGCACUGCCAGGGAUCCAGGGGCAGCCACAGCUGCUCUGGGCACCCUGAUGGAGCCAGAGCCGUGCCCAGGCGUUGCUGCAGUGAUGAGGGGUGGUGCCACAGCAGGAGGUUUAGGUACAGCUGGUACAGAAAUUGUUUCCAUAAACCUGAAUUUAGGAAAGCACUUAGUCUGUCUUUAAAUCUGAGCCCAUGGCUGGGACUGUUUAGAGUCUCAAGAGCUUCAGUGCAUUGUGGUUAUGUGCUGUUAUGUUUUGAAAUUUAAAAGAAAACAAUUUAAAUAACUUAAUUUUUUAAGCUCACUUUAAAGCAUUUUCACUAGAAGGGAGAGCAUCAUUUCCAGUUCAGCUGAGCGUUUUUGUUCACUUUUCAACUUGCUGCCAUCUGUCACCUUUUCUUUUGCAGAUUGAGUUGUGUUUGUAUCUCUUUUUUUCCCCCAAAUGUUUGCAAAUCAAACAACAUUCAAAUAUAAUCAAAUAUAUGCACUGGGGUGGUACAUCUGAAGUGGAUCACUUGAAAUUCGUGACUUUUUAAGAGAGCUGAUAAAUGUUUACUAUGGAAAUAAUUAAAUCAGAAUUUCAUAUGAGGUGUACCCUGCCCACUGUUAGGCUCAUUUCAUGCAGAAUGAUAACUCUUUGAUUUGUGGUUGAUUUUUUUUUUUCCUUUAUGCUUUCUGUACUCUUGGUAUCUGAGGUAUCAAUCUAUCCAGGUUUAAAAAAAAAAAUAAUUGGGAGAAAUCUAUAACAUCUCUAGAUGAAAUUGAUCAUUCAAGCUCAGUUCUGUUUAAUCAACUAUAGCUUUUUGCUAUAUUUGUGCCCUUUGUAUAAAUAUAUAAUUUAUAUGAUUCUAAUAUAUUCUGUAUAUAUAUAUACUUGAAUUGGCCUGUUCAUAUUUUGGUUGUAAAAUUGUUUUAUAGUUAACCUUAUAAACAUUUUACAUGUCCCUUGCCAAUGGUGAUGGGAUGGAUUUUGUCUGCUGCUGUUUUUAGUAUAACUUUGCUGUCUACAUGUUCAGCAUUUUAAUAAUUUGAAAAUAGCUUUACUUUACUUUUUGCUGUUAAAAAUUAACUCUGCAGCAUUUUUUUGUCCUAAAAGCCCCGAAAUGUACAGUUUUUGUCCCACUCAGUGAUUGGAAACAGGACAAACCUUGUUAACCUACAACUCUAUGCUUCUUCCUAGUGCCUUUUCAAAGAGAUCCUCUUGUUGAUUCCAUAUUCCAAGUCCUUUCUCCCAGCCUCGUGGCUCAUCUCCACAGAGGAGCAGCCCAGCCAGGUGGGGGAGAAACCAGAGACAGAGGUGCCUCUUCCUCACCCCUGAGCCCCUGCAGGUUCCUCAGGUGCCACAAUCAUUCCUGGUUAGCAGAUACCUCAUCUGGGAGAGGCAGCCUCACUCCUCGCUCCCUGCUGGACUCACGCCCAAGGAUGCUCCUGGGGAGAUGCUCCCGGCUGGCUUCAGCCCUGCAGCUCCCUCCAUGUGAGCUCAGCAGGGGCUGCACAUCUCCUCUGAGCCCCCACAGGCUGGAAGCACCCAGCUGCUUCACUGCUUCCCUGCACUGUGCAGUUUAAUUGCUGCUUCAGGGCUUCAUCUCCCUUCUGCUCCCCGUGGAAGGUGUUGGGAGAGUCCUCGCUGGAAGCACAGCUCACCACCAGGCUUGCUGUGUUUGGCUUGUGUGAAGCAGAACACUGGAUGAUGGUUUGUGUCCAAGGAAAGUGUGUUUGAAACUGUAUAAACAAGGUUUUUUUUUUCUUUUUGCUGUUGGCAGUUCUGUAUAACACAAGGAAAACUCUGAAAAUCCCAGAACAGGCGAGGCUGGAAGUGACCACAGGGCUCAUCUGGCCCCACCUCCCUGCUCAGGAAGGGCCAUCCUGGAGCACAGGGCAUGGAAUUGUGUCCACAUGGCUCUGGAGUAUCCCCAUUGAGGGAGACUCCAAACCCUCUCUGGUCUCUGUUCAGGGAAGUUUUUCCUCAUGUUUGGGUGGAACUUGUGGGCAUCAGUUCCUGCUCGUUCCUCUUGUCCACAGAGCAGGGCCUGCUCCAUCCUCUUGGCACCUCCUUUAGACAUUUAUACACAUUUAUGGGAUCUCCUCUGUUGUCUCUUCUUGGGGCUGAACAUUUCCAGCUCCUUCAGCCUUUCCUCCUCAGAGAGGCUCCAUUUCCUUCAUCCUCAUGGGAGGAGGAUUUGCCUCUGCUGUUCCUGCUCCAGCAUCUCCGUGUCCCUCCUGUCUUGAGGGGCCCAGAACUGGGCACAGCACUCUGGCUGAGCAGAGGGGCCGGAGUCUUCUCUGGGGAGCAAUUCCCCAAGGUUUGUGUGGAAUUCAGGGACUUUGCUGUUCAAAGCCAGGGUCAGUCCCCUCUGCUGGCGAGGCAGAAGAGUUUGUAACAUGAUUUUCCUCAAACCCUGGUGAAAUGAUGGAGCGUUCAGCUCUUAGCCCUCACCUUCCCCCAGCUCCAUAAACGCCUCCUCUGCUCUGGUACCUCUAUAGUAAAAGGAGUUUGUGGAUAAAUUAAAUUAGAGUCAGUAUACUUGAGAAGCACCCUCAGGUUUAUUCAUUAUUUCAGUGUUAUGAUGUUCCCUGCAUCCCAUUUCCAAUGCUGGCAGUGUAUUCCAUCAGGAUUUUUUUAUCACCUGUUACUGUUGAUUCUGUCUGAAUGCCUCAAAAGCAGCUUUGACUGCAUAACUUAGAACUAAAAGUAUUUUUCUAGUUUGAUUUUUUUUUAAAGAUGAUAUCUGUCAAAUCCAUGCACACUGGAGCUGGAACCCUUCCCUUUCUCCUGGCAGCUUUCUGGGAGAGUGCUGAAGUCUAAAUAAAAUGAGUGGUGAAUGCUGUUCUUACUGGAAUUGUUGUCUGUUGUACAGGACAGUUCACAUGAAACUGUUUUACUCAUUAAUUUUUUUCAGAUUUGGUCAUUUUUGUGCAUCAAGCUACAGUCACAGUAUUGUACAGGUCAAGUAAUUAAAGAGGAAUUUUUUUUUCCAUUGUGAGGGUGGGAAUGGGGAUCAGAAGAGAAGAAAGCCAAGGCUGAACUGGUUCCAGUAGGGACAGAAGCAAAGGAACUGCUUGGAAAUGUGACUGGAGCUGUUCCUGCUUUCAUGGCUCAUCCAUGCCCUGCAGAGGAUUCUCCUGAGUUUGUUGGGAAGUUCUGGCAUGCUCUGGGUGCCCUUCCAGAGAGACACUCCUUGGUGUUUUAGUGGCAGUUCCUGCAAUUUGAGGAUUUGGCUUUAGAGCCUGAGUGAGGAGCCAGAGAUGCUGAGUGUGUCAUGGUGAGAAACUGCAGUGGAACUGUGAACAGAACUUAAUUAUGUUUUAGUGCUUAAUUAUAUUUUAGGGCUGUGGUCAUUCUCUGUUUAGUGCUCUUGCAGUAACUGGUGGAUUCCUCACCAUUUUUCAUUCUUCUGGAAGUGAAAGGAAGUUUCUCCAAGAGCAUCAUGUUUCUGUUCCUCCGUCCCACAGUCUUGACACUUCCCUGUGCUUGGAGAACCAUUGGCAGGGAUGUGGCUGUGGUGAGGACUGACCUGAUGGCUUUUAAAUCCAUUUUUAGCCUGGGAGGAAAGCUGACCUGACACUUCCUCCUCAUUUCCUCAGUUCUUCACCAGCCUGUGAGUCCUUGGCCUCCUCAUUUUUGAUUUAUCCACACAGUUGCAGGUACGCAAAUAAAUACAGCUUGGAAGGAAAACACAAGCCAGGUGUUUUUGCAGUGUCUUUUGACAGAUUUUUCUCAUUAUUCUGGGUUUUCUGAGCACUGGUCACAAGUCUGCACACUCAGUGUUGUGAGGUGAAAGGACAAAUGUAGAAGGUAAGGCUGGGGUGGGGGGUGGAGAGGGGGGAGUUUCUGGGAUGGAGUCACAGUGGCUCUGCAAUCUGUGUCCCACCUGAGUGGAUCUUGGAACAGCAGUGGAGUGACCCUGGACAGGCAGCAGAGACAGAUCUUCACUGUCUGUGCUGCUCAGCGUUCAUUUAUUGGAGCAGAACAAAAAUCGGAGCUGCUUGGAUACCCAAACACCAGAUAAACCCCGAUGUCUGUCCAGAUUCCCUCACUGGGGGAAUAUUUAUGUUUUCCUGGUGGGCAAACCAGCCUCCAGAUCACCUGGAGUCCCUCCUGCUGCUGUGCUGGGGAUUGGGGACGGGAAUGGCUCUGGGAUCCACCACGGAGAGCCCUUGGAAGGCAGCACAGCUGUAGGAAAAGCCUCUCCCACAGCCAGCCCUGUGUGACGGAGGGGGAUGUUUACCUUAAAAACAGUGUGAGCAGCUGUUCAACUUCUGAGUAUAUUUGUAAAAUUGGUCUUUUUAUACACCGUGUGAAAUGGACUGGAAUAAUUUCUUUUGCUGUUGUACCUGUGGAAGUACAAGCCAUUUUACGGGAAAAAAAAAAUUAUAAAACAAAUUAAACUAUUAUCUCAGUA